UGAAACCUUGUAUAAGCAUGAAGGACUUCAAAAUUGAGCAAAAAACCAAAAGAAGGUUUUUGGAUAAUAUCCCUGAACCUAACUCAGCCAGGGUCUUCAUGACUGAAAGGAUUCCCAACACUAAACAGAUUUUAAGCAAAGGAAUUUCUUUAGAUCGAACUAUUAUGAACAAGGGAAAGCGUGCUAAGAAAUACAAGCUGUCAAAAAUUAUGAAUCGUGUUGUAGAAUCCAAGGAAAUGCUACUCGAUAGAGGGUUUACCUCCACCCUACUCCAGACCGAGGAUAUUCAUCUGCAACGGAGAGAAAUAGAGAUGAGACAGAGAGACGAAAUGCUUAUAGAAUGGGCUCAAGAAAAGGUUCGAGAGGUAAAAUCAGGCAAUUUUGUCCCACCAGCCGUCAGAGACGUGGUUGAUAAAAACAUAAGGAAUGAUUUGAUCAAGGGCAAAAAGAAGAUUGAACGCGAGAAAAAGAAACUUCGGAUGAUGCAAACUCAGGAGCUGAGAAGGAAAGGAAAAUACCUUCAGCUUAAUAAAAAGAUCUACCCCAAUUCAAAGGGCUGAUAUGAGAACGAGGAUGAUUUUGACAAAUUAGUCCAUCUUGGGGCUGGUAUUUCAACUAUGAAGCAUAUCCAAGGAGAAUUUCCUAUCAAAUCUUCUUGGCCAAAAGGAUGGAAAUUUAAGGACUACCCCAAAAGAGACGAUGACUCUCCACCAAUUGUUGAAGAAGUAAAAGAAAUCCCUUCACCAGAUCCUUUGAUAAAAGUUAGAAAUUUUCAUAAAAAGUACGCUAGGAUUGCUACUCCUCCCGAUAAGAGUGAGACCACGAGAUAUAUAUCCUCUCACAAGGUUCCUAACAAGCCAAUGAUUGAAGAGCCUCCUCCACCAAUUCAUAAGUAUAUCGAGACGGAGAAAGGAAAACUUUUGGACACUAUGGGAAAGCAGGCAAAGAAAAGGGCUGAGUUAAGAACAAUAAAUACAAUCACAGAGUUUGGAGAACUUAAAGUCAAUAUUAAGGCAAGAAGUAAUUAGAGCGAGCUCUAUUAAUUACGGAGUUGGGUCGAGUAAAAGCACUCUGUUUGAAUCCAAGUUAAACUCAGAAUUACAAACACCCAGGACUAUUAACCCCAAAGGGAUGCAUUCUAUUAAGGACUUGAAGCAAGGUCUGAAACCUAAAUUUUUAAGACCUAUAAAUUCGUCAACCAGUUUAAAGUCAAAGGAAAAGUCUGUGCCCAUAAAUUUGAUGAACAAGCCUCUGAUGCCCUUGAAACAAAGAAACGAAAAAGGUAAUGAUAUUGGCCCACUGGAUGCUAACGAGUUGAGGAAAUCUGCAAAGGAUUUCCGUAGAAGAUUUGGUGUCAACCUUAAAACAAUCAAAGACUCAAUUCAACUUGAUGAAGAGAACCUACAGGAGUCUCCUAAAGCAAAACUGUUGCAUCGCCCAACCUCUAGAGAUAUCAUCAACCAGUUGAGAAAGAUAGACCAAGAAGUUAAGAAGCAGCUUGAGAAAUACCACGAGGAAAACAAAGGAAGUCCUUCUGUGAGAGUCCAUGCAGAAACACCACAAUAUAAGAAGCUAUGAUUUUCUAAAAUAGCAAGUCUCAAGGAAGAAGACGAGGAUGGUAUAUCUAGCCAUUCGUCUGUGUUUGAUUCUUUUUCACCAGAUUUUUCUCCUAAGGGCAGUGAAGAGACUAGCGUAGAUGAUAAUAUCUCAGAGUAUUUUAAGUCUAACCCAGGUGCUUCUCUUGAAUCAAUCGAGAGUCAGGCGAAGAAGAUAACUUUACAGCUUUUGAUGAAAAGAAUGCAAAAGUUUGACCUUGACCGUCAGCCUGAGGAUGUCAAGGACCAAACGAAGAGAUGGAAGAAGCAGUUAAAAAAUCUAAAGAAGGGCAAGAACCUACAAAAUGACACUCGUAAUCGCUGAAAGAAGCUAAUAAAUAGCUGUGAAAGCCUAAUUAAAGAUGAUAUUCCAGUGCGAGAGUUAUACAACGAGAUGCAAGACUACCUUAAGAGUGCCAAUACUGAAAUAAACGAUCAGGUUAUGUGCAUUCUGAGCCUAUAUCAGGAAAAUAUAUAAUAUUCCCUCUCAGAAUUCAUUCAACGUGAA